GUGAAGCAUGACACGAACGGUUGGUGCCCGCUAAAAUUUCGAGCAACGCUGUGAUGUAAUUUUAAAGUUAAAUUGAUCAAUUGUUAGCUUGAAAAUAAGGUAAAGAAUGGAAGAAUUCCCAUUAGGGUACCGUGAAGUUGUGCCUGAUCAAACAGUUCCAGAAAAAUGGAACGAAGUUACAUUGAACACGGGUGGAAGCCAAAGCACUUUACAAGACAUAAAAGUUCCAGAAAGAGCUGGCGGUUAUUCGUACAAUGAUUGCUCAAAGUAUUUUACGCGCAACCGCUUUAUUUAUUGGCAUAUCUGUCACGAUGUGCUAGAAUUGAUCGAGCAUAGUUUAGAUAUUAAUUUGGCCAAUUGUAGAGUAAGAUAUAAAUUUACAGAUACACCGCUUUUGGAUGGUAUCUCUAUACACGAAACAAUUAAUUCGGUUAUCAUAUUGAUAGUAACUGUUUCUAGUGUUCAUAAACUAUCAUUUCCUCACCCUGAAACAAUUCAUAAAAAUGAACAUUCAUUGAGUACAUACAAAGAUUUAGGUAUACAAUCAAUAUUUAGUGAAGCAUCUGCACAAAAUGCGAAAAGAAUCAAAGAGGAUCCUCACAUGUUUCAUGUUAUUACUAGUGCAGGAACUACAAAUUUUCCAGUGCCUCAUGCAGCUGCAUCAUGGUUUAUUCCUCCUCAGGAAGCAUUAUUUGCUCUUGCGUACAACUCAGGGACUAUUCUUCUCCUAAGACUAGACACGAAAACCGGCCUAGUACAUACCAGCGAAUUGAAACAGGAUUCUAUUGUGCCAAGAUUUCUAAGCGGUAUUGCGACUGCUUUCGGUGGCCGUAGUUCCGAAGCUCACGUAGCUAUGUCUCUAACGAUACAUAGUUGCGGAAAUGAUACGUAUUUGUUCGCCCUGUGUCGCGAGGGAAACAUUCGCAUGUGGUCGUGUAACAAAGCCCAAUGCGUGGCAGUAACCGAUGCAGCUAUCGACCAUCGUAUCGCAUCCCAGGGUGCCCAGGGUCACAUGUUGAGGAAAACGUUAGGUCCCAAUAAUGAAUUAUACCUGGGUAUCUUUUUAAAAUUCAGCACCAGAUGCGAGUUUAGUGUUUUAAAGCCCAUUCAAGACAAUGGGAUAUUUAAAUUUAUCAGAUUGUGUACGAGAUUUGCGCAAGACCAACAUCUAGUCGAUUUUUCUUUCACGACUACUCGAUUAUGGGCUGUUUGGAGGACGACCGAUAUGGACACUGUUGAAGUAACGCACGCACAAUUAUCGCUGUCCGGUACACGCGUCAAUUCCGAAUGGGAAACAGCGAUUCUGGAACAAACGCCGGACGCAGAUUACGUCCUCGGCGAUCCUGACACUGAUCCGAGACAAGCAUACAUAGAUUAUAUUUUUCAGCCCGGACAAUUUUCCUUGACGGAUAUAACGAAGGCGUUGAACAUUUACAGAAGGUCCAAUUGCAUAGAGGAGAAGAUUCUCGGCGUUUCCGAGUUGAAAGAACGCGUGUGCAUCGCGGUGGAGGCUGAAAUACAGGCUGAAAUAAUGGACUACGAGCUGAUGGAUGAAGAUUAUCUGGAGAUCGCUAAUCGUUGCUGGUCGAAAUUUUAUUCCUGCGUGAUCCAGUAUCAUGCAAACAGCACCAGACCCGUUGGGUUACUAUUACUACCGAACGUCUACGGAGUAAUAUUACUUAAAAAAUCAUCGUUCUCGCUUCUGAGACCGAUGGAAGCUCUGGAAUAUUUAAUGUUCUGUAACGAAAAAUCGUACACGUCUCGGUUUAAAACAACGCCCGUUUUAUCUCAAGACGAUGAUAUAUGCCAGGAUCUCAUUACGUUAAUGUCGGCACUGGUCUUGAUAGAAGAACAACUAUCCGAGGAGACGAAAGCAGCGAUGAAGAGAGAACUGUAUCAUUUAAAGAGUCCAGACAUCAUCGUCGAUGAUUUGUUAUCAAGACUGAUGUUAGAGUCGGAGGAACCCAUUAGCGAUUUUAUCACCCAUCAUCCUAGCUGUCACAGGCUGUCGAAUAUUAGAGACAUAUCCAGCGCUAUGGCGAUGCUACUAGAAGCGUUAACGUACGACCUUGGCCAGCCGAAUAAGUUGGAGAUGAACGGGGACCACGAUGCUUCGAAAGUUUUACUCAACAUAAAUCAUUUUCUCAGCAGCCAGUUGGGUAUCUCCGCAAUAGCGAAAAGCGUAGCUCAGAUAACGCUCCUGAGAUUCUCAAUCUGCAGAAAUUUAUUAAUCUUGCAACAGAUAAUAUUACUGCGACCCGAGUUAUUCGAUCCCAGGUCUUUGCAUUCUGUUAAAUCAUCAUUAGCACCCAGAACGGUAGUUUUAACCCAGGCUUAUUAUGUUGUCACGUGGAUAUGCGAAUCUACAGCACUGUCAGCACCUGUUCAAUCACUGUUAGAUUCCAGUAUCCAACGUUUAGCAAUGUUGAAGUUCGUCGACGCUAGGUCCAACAUAGGCUUCAGACAGCAUCGAUCAAUGUCGUUACUUGAAUUAUUCAUACAGAACAGUGGUGCGAAACAUGCCCACAGUUUAAUGGCUCAUACUAAUUUGAAUGCAAACACUUUGAUCCCCUGGCAUUAUGGCAUGUUGACGCACGUUACGCUUAUCGCACAGCUCAUAUGGCCAAGAUCUGGGAACUUCAUCUUUCCUGAAUGGCUGUUGUCCAGUUGUCAGUUCCUCCUGGUUCAGGAGUACGUGAGGCUUUUAAACACAUGGUGCGAAUGGAACAGCGCGUCCCGAAAAUUUAUCCUGGCAGUAGCGUUACUGGAAAUGGGAGAGGUACAGAAAGCCUGCGAUCAUUUCCUCCGAGCGUCUGGAGGAAUUUUGACAGACGAAUUCCUAGCCGAUGCCCUGCUCGACUCCAGCGAAAUGUCGGAGAGCAGCGCUUUGAUUCAAUAUUAUUUAAAAGUUGUCAAGCUGUUCGAGGAACGCAAUGCCGCCGACUGCAUCGUACAGCUCGCCGAAACGGCUAUAAUGAUGGCCGAUAAAGAGGACCCUAAUUUACCGACGCUGCAUUCUAUAGUGUUCACGCAACAUUUGAACUUAGGGCAUCACACGAAAGCGUACAAUUGUUUAAAUUCAAACCCGGACGCUGCUCGCAGAGUGGAUUGCUUGAGGCAAUUAGUGGUAACUUUAUUUGAACGAAAGAAAUUAAUAGACUUGAUUUCAUUCCCGUACGUUGACAUGUACGAGGAUCUAGAAAGGAUAGUAGAGGGCAGAGCCAGAAGCGUGGAUCUGAUGGAAAAUAAUUACUACAAUUUUUUAUACAGUUUCCAUAUAAAUAAAGGAAACAUGCGAAAAGCUGCUUCUGUGAUGUACGAACAAGCCAUGCGUUUGAGUCAAGAAUCGCAGUCGGUUCCAGUUGUAUCCAGACAAGCUCAGUGCUUAUUAGCGUGCAUUAAUGCCUUACACCUUGUAUCCGAGAAUUACAGGUGGAUUGUAAGACCUGUAAUCGAUCAGAAUUAUUCAGAGGAAAUGGAUGAUCAGGAUAUGCAGUCAAGAAGAAGCAUGAGCGACAAGGAGAUUCUGAAUUACAAUAUAAAGAAACAGAUCGAGGUUCUCGAAUUGAACGACAUAAAGAAAGAAUACUAUAUCGUGGACGCCAGAUUGAAAGUAUCAAAAGUAAAUUCGGAACUGCAGGUGGUCACGCACGCCGGUCCCUCGGAACUUGUCAUUAUUUUGUCAACUAUCGGGCUGUACACAACGGCGUUACAUUUGUGCGACGAGUUUAAAAUAAAUAAAAGUUCCGUCUUCGAGAGCCUCACCUCGCAGUGUAUACGAUUAAGUCGAAGAGAAGAUUCGAACGCAUGGGACUGGCUUAUUCAGAAUGAUAUAUUCGAUAUCGGUCUGACUAACACAAAUCUCACAAAUACCGCUUGGGGAUUGUUGCAGUACUUGACUUUGAGCCACGAGAAAGAUAGGUGCAGCGAACUGCAUAAAGCAGUUUCUAGAAAGUUACUUCAGGAAGGGGCUUUUAUACCUCAGUGGUUAUUAAUGUCGUACAAGAAACGAAAUGCCGCAGAACUUCUCCGUCUGAUGCUGAACACUGGUAGAAUAUUAGAAGCUAGUGAUUUGGCAGUGGAAUAUAUUCAUGCCGUGAUGGGAAGCGGCAAGAUAGAACAUUUCGGUCUUCAAUCAUUCUUGACAGCUAGAGAUCCACCGGUUUGGUUACCAUUUAAUACAUUAGAAAUACUUUUGUACGAGUUAAAGGAAGCCAGCAAAGAGAAUUCAAUAUUUUCUGAGGGUUAUCAAAAAUUACAAGAAACGUUAAAUAUUUACAAAGAAAAAGUGAUCAGGGUAUCACAGGAUAUGAUUCAACUGAAGUUCAGCAGCAAGAAGCACUGAUAGAUCUAAAGACAAUCACAACAGCUUAUAAAAAUAAAAAUAGAAAAAGGACUUUGUAAAGAGGAAUUAUGCAAGCACAGUAAGAACAAAGCUGCCAUUAAUCAUUAUCCUAACGAGUAAUAUCUCACCAUCGCGCCAAUAAGUUUUGUAUACUUCAUAAGUGGGUACACGAAUUCUUCUUAUAAUAGUUUUAUUAGUUAUAAUUACAGAAUCAAGAAGAUU